GAAAAUUCAGUUCUGUAUCGACUGUAGUUGUGAACGGACAAGUAAACUGGGAAAUGAAGUUGGUUUGGGCUGUGAUUCUGCUCCUGGGCACUUCUGCUGUGUCUGCCCAGCGGGAAAACUACUGCGAAAGGAACGAGACGAUUCGAACCCGAACGCCGGUGACCAAACAGCGAACCAUUGUGAAGCCGCAGCCAAAGUGGAAAAUCUGGAAAAAAGCCGAGAAGAUUACCGAGUCGUAUGACUCCGAGGAGGAGCUGGUUACCCAUCGGAUGAUUAAAGAGUGCUGUCCUGGCUACUUGGAAGUGGAAUCCGGCUUGUGUGAACCCAUUUGCAGUCGCGGCUGUCCCGCUCACGCCAGUUGUGCCGCUCCCGAUCGCUGCGAGUGCAUUUCCGGUUAUGUUUCGGCCAGGAAUCACCAGGAUGGCAGCCACUACUGCGAACCCAUCUGCCAGACUCUCUGUCCCGCCGGAGCCCAGUGCAUUUCGCCCAACACCUGCGCCUGUCGCGAUGGCUACACUCAAUUGCAGCCAGCUGGCGAUGGUGUGAGUGCCGAUUGUGCUCCAGUUUGCCAGGUGGGCGAUGGCUGUGCCAAUGGGAAGUGCGUCGAUGUGGAUCGCUGUUCCUGCAAUUUCGGCUAUCGGUGGAACAAGGAGGAGGAACGCUGCGUCGAACUGAGUGCGGAGUCGAUAUCCGAGGAGCAGGAGACCACCGAGGAGGGCUCCACAUCCCUGGACACCAGCUCGACGGCCGCCUUCACGGCCACCGAGUGUCCCGAGGACUAUGUCCUCUUCCGUGGCGAGUGCCGCGAGAAGCAAUUCAAUAGCAAUGAGGCAGGCUGCCAGAAAUCCGGCUGUGGUCCCCACCAGACCUGCCUGGAUUCGGGCACUUGCCACUGCUCGGACGGCUAUGUCCCGGAGGAGAGCAGCGAGUCAAGCGGAACGCUCAGCUGUCGCCGCACUUUGUUCGACCAGAUACUCGGCCUGAACGAGGCCACCGACGACGAGGACGAGCUGAAUCCCUGGACCAUUCCCAUCAUCGGUGUUGCCAGUGGCGUGCUCUUCGUCCUGCUGAUUGUGGGCCUCCUCGGCGGCAGGCGGUAUCGCCAGGAGAGAGCGACGUCGGCCAACAAGGAGAUGGAGUGCCAGUACUCGCAGAAGACCGUCGACGUGGACGAGUGGGUGCCAUGAAGGAGUCUUAUAUCCCUCGGCUUUGGGCUGUGUUAGAUCACCAUUGAUUGUUAGUGUAAAACCAUUUUUCAUUUGAGAAUAAAGCAUAUCGAGUUAAUACAAA